AACAAAUGUAUAGUUAAUCAUACGUGUAGCACUAUAAUAGGGUCUAUUACCUAUAGAAUUCACAGAUUUAUGGAAGAGGUAUAAAACCAUUUUUCGGGUUUUCUAGUUUUACCGCGUACAGAGUAGUAAAUCGCGUUGAUCUCAUUAAAUACUCAUGUUGGACUUUUUUGGACAAUUCCACAAGAAAUCCCUCGAAUUCUUUUUUAUUCAAUACGUAACGUCCAUUUGUCUAAGUCUUAUACGUCGCUUAUAAACGGGUUAUAGACUAAUAGUUGAAACCUAAACAAGGCUGCGAAACAGUAAAAAACGUUGAAUCGCAGUGUAUAAUAAAGCUGCAUUUUUUUUGACGGAACUAUUACAAAUAGAUAUCAAAGAGUUUAAAACAUAGCUGGAUUUGGGUACACAUGCUCAUUUGGAAGUCGAAGGUAAUGUGAACAUUGGAGGCGUUUCCGUUAAUAAAUUCAUGAGGCAUAAUUCUGGAUUUAUGUAUCAACAUAAUUUGUUCAGUGGGGUUUUUACUGUUAAAGAACAUCUGUAUUUUAUGGCUAAACUAAAAAUGGACAGACGAACGUCUGAAAAAAUGUUAAGAAAUCGUGUACUUGCAAUUAUCGAAAAACUGGGUUUAGGUCAGUGCGCAAAUACAAGAAUUGGAUCUAAUGGAGGCCACGACAGAGUUACAUUGUCUGGAGGUGAAAGAAAAAUUUUAGCUUUCGCAACCGAACUUUUAACUGAUCCACCAAUUUUAUUUUGCGAUGAACCGACAACAGGUUUGGAUUCAUAUAGUGCUCAAAAAGUCGUUAAUAUUAUGGAAGAGCUAGUAUCGAAUAAUAAAAAGACCGUAGUUUGUAUAAUCCAUCAACCUAGUUCUGAGCUCUUGAAUGUGUUUCAUCAACUAAUUCUAGUGGCUGAUGGUCGAAUUGCUUAUUCGGGUCCUGCGAAUAAAGUAACAUCGUUUUUUGAAAGUAUUGGUUAUCGAUGUCCUGAAAAUUACAAUUCAGCUGAAUUCAUUAUGAAAAUUUUAUCAGAUGGCAGUAGUUCCGUGGUUUCGGUUUGUGAUGAAUUCGCAAUGAGCAAACACUCAGAACAAAUACAAUAUUCUAUCUCGAAGGAAAUGUUUUUUGAAGCAAUAAACCCAUCAAUAUUUCGUAACCACUUGUCACCGUUUUGGCCUGUGAAAAUGUACCACUUAACUGGUCGUUACUUUCUGGAGAAAGUUCGUGAUCCAACUAUCGACGUCCAUCGAUUUUUACAAAAAGUCGUAAUCGCGUUGAUGGUCGGGCUGUGUUACUUAGGGACGAUACAAGAAACCCAAGUGGCCAUCCAGUCAUUUCAAGGCGUUUUUUUUAUACUGAUCACGGAAAACUUCUUUACGCCCAUGUACUCGGUGAUGAGCCAUCUACCUACGCAACUUCCCCUGUUUACCAGAGAAUACACUUCUGGCUUGUAUGGGGCCUCGACCUUCUACUUCGCUAACAUGUUAUCUACUAUUCCGACGCUGAUCAUCGAACCGGUGGUUUACACGACCAUUAUCUACUGUAUGGCCGGUCUGCAGAACGAUCUUUACACAUAUUUUCUCACGGUAAUCAUCACGAUUCUGGUGAUGGCCGUUUCCACGUCUUGUGGCUACAUGUUCAGUAAUAUUUUUGGAUCAAUGUCGUUAGCGCUGACGUUCGUCCAACCGUUCGACAACGUGAUCAUGAUGUUGUCCGGAAUUUUCCUGAACAUAAGGAGUAUACCAUGGUUCUUGCGUUGGGUGGUUGCCAUAUCGUGGUUCGAGCUCGGGUUUGAAGGCCUAACAAUUUUACAAUGGAAAAACGUUCCUUUCAUAAAAUGUAGCGAAGAUCCGGAUAUCCCAUGUUUGACAACUGGCGCCGAAGUGUUGGACAAAUACGAUUUCGUUUCGUCUAAUCUAAUGCCAAACAUUUACAGAAUGAUCUGGCUGUUUACCGGUUUCCACGUGGUGUCGCUUACAUGUUUCGUCAUCAGAGCUCGCCUACACAAACUGUCUUAAAAAUUGAAAUGCGUUUUAAUUGAAUUAUAUAUUAUUU